AUGGGAGCAAAAAAUAACACAGCUGUGAGGGUGUCUGAAUUUAUCAUAACAGGCUUUGAUCACCUUUCACAUCAGAAACUGCUUGGCUCCAUCAUACUUAUUGCUUAUGUUCUCAUACUGUUUUUCUGCAGCAUAAAUCUGAGGAUAGUGGUUGCAGACAGACGUUUGCACUCACCAAUGUACAUAUUCAUUUGCAACUUAGCCAUUGUGGACAUCAUGUUUAGUACCAGCUCUAGCAUAACAAUGAUAGCUGUGGUUCUUGCAGAAAUGAAAACCAUUUCCUACAAUUCGUGCAUCACAAGUAUGUUCAUCUACCAUCUUGGGGAUGUCACUUCGUGUCUAGCGAUAACCUUGAUGGCUGUGGAUCGAAUGAUUGCAAUUAGCCUGCCUCUGAGGUACAACAGCAUCCUCACAAACACACGCAGUAUCAUGCUCAUUGUGGCUGCCUGGAUAAUAGCAAUGGGAUCAAUGGUUCCUAUUACAUUAACAGCAGACAGCGUUUCAUACUGUCAACCCGUAAUAAGAUAUGUGUUUUGUGACUAUCCUGCAAUGAUAAGAGCUGGAUGUAUGGACCCUGAGCCUUAUUUUCAGAUUCCAUUACUCAUGGCCUUGUGGCUGUGGAUUUUGGGUGGACAUUUUACUCUGAUUUUCUUAGCAUAUGUUGUUAUUAUCUACACUGUUCUGAGACUCAAAGACAAGGGAAGCAGGAAGAAAAUGUUUAGUACUUGUAGUUCACAUAUCAUUGUGGUUUCCACUUACUAUGCACCCAAAUUAGUAUCUGUGCUGCUCACUAGAAUAGGUGUGAAACUUAACCUGACUGAAAGAAAUGCUGUGAUUAUUGUGCCUUCAAUACUGCCAUCUCUCAUAAACCCUGUAACUUACUGUCUAACAACAAAAGAACUGAGAACACGGCUGAUAAACCUGUUGACUAAACACCGUGUGGCGAUUAAACAUGAAAGAUUAUCUCUAUCCUUAAACCUCCUUUCUAGGUUGUUUUAAACGUGCACAUUUCCUGAAACAGAAGAAUAAUAGAAUACUUACCAAUUCCCCUCUUCUUUUUUUUUUUUUUUUUUUUGUGGAAAUUUGCAAGAUGGGUGGCUCGCCAAUUGUAAGAAAUGAAGGAAGUUUCUUUGUUUCUGAUGCAGCAAUCUUUAUUCCAGUAAAGUGCAGUAACGAAGCACGUAGAACAUACUCCGGAUUCAGCGGUGUAGGUCUGAACA